AUGCCGGAUACAGGUGAGCGUUUUUUGAAAAUCCCAUUUUUCCCGCCAAAAUUUUGACAUCUAGGGUUACUGUAGAUAUUUUAGCGCGAAAAAUCCACGUUUUUUGAUACCAAAAUGUCCAAGAAAAAAUUUUGAUCCAUUUUUUUUGGAAUCUUGAUAUUGGCACAAUUUUUCUAGGGUUACUGUAGAUUUUUGGCUCACAAAUUUUGAUCUACAGUACUCUAAUUUUGAGCUACAGUAACCCUGAUCCAUUUUUUUCGGAAUCUUGUUUGGUACAAUUUUUGUUUGAAGAAGCUACCUACAGUAACCCAAAAAACGUGGAUUUUCCGCGUCUCUACAGUACUCUCCCAAAAUCUACAGUAACCCUUGGCGCCAAAAAUCAAUGCACUUAAAAUUCAUGUUCAAAAACAAGUAGACAAAUAUUUGUUUGGUCAGUGGGGUUUUUGGAGUACUGUACUUUUGAUCUGGUAGAUCAAAAUUUUGGCGCCAAAAAGCUACAGUACACCUACAGUACUUCCCCAAAAAACCACCCACUUGUUUAUUUUUUGUUUCGCAAAAAAAGUCAUCUGACACAUGGGCUAACUACACAGCUGUUCGGGAAAAAAAAAUUGAUCAUCAAAAAUCUAAGGCCUGGUCUAGGCCCGGGCCUACUUUAGGCCUGGCCUGGCCUAGACCAGGCCGGGGGGUACUGUAGCUACAGUACCCCAUCUACAGUAAUCGUGAUAAAGAUGAAAAAAGCUUCAGCACGCAACAACACGUCAUCAGAGGAGGAGGAAUCCGAUGAGGAGGUGGGUCAAACUAGACUCUAGUUUGAGAUACAGUAAUCCUAAGCAUACUGUAGGUUAGAAUCUACAGUAAUCCAAUUUUUCCACAGACUAGACUCUAGUUUCAGGAGAAACAAAUGCUCUACACAUUUGUUUUGAACAAUUCAACUACACUAAAUCAGGCCCUAAACUAGACUCUAGUUUUCUAAUGAACUACAUUCCAGUUUAGCUUAGAUUCUAAACUAGACUUUAGUUUACAGUAAUCCAAUUUGUCAAGCAAAUAUCACAGACUAGACUCUAGUUUAAGCACGAAACAAUCUUUGAACAGGCUCUAAACUAGAGUCUAGUUUAAGCAACGAGGUCAGGCUUUUCCGCAAGCCUUCCGGAAGCUUCCGCGCGGCAAAAAUCCCCAAUUUUUUUGCAGAUCAUCCUUCCGACCAAGAAAAAAUCGUUUGGUUUCCGCGUCGCCGCGCAAGCCACUCCGCAACAACAAGUCUUGACGCAGAUCGGCGAGCUUUCCGCGCAGCGUCAAGCCAACGAGGUGGUUGCGGAAGCACCGCAAGCCGCGCCGCAGCCAAAAUCCGACGCGGAACUGCGCGCACUCGCCGCGCAGAAAGCGCUGCAAGACGCGCAGGCUUUGGCGAAAGCGCAGCAGGCUGCGGCGUUGCAAGCGGCUGCCGCAAGGGUUGCCGCUGCGCAGGCCAGCGGCGGUUCGGCGAGAGCGCAAGAGGAGGCGGAGGCGCGGGCUCGCGAGGCUCAGGCCCGGGCUCAGGCCCAGGCCGAGGCCCAGAAGAAGGCUCAACAGGAGGCGUUGGCUAGGGUGAGUUGUUUUUGACACAGGGUUACUGUAGCUGUACAGUAGUCUAGGGUUACUGUAGAAUUUUAUUGAUCUACAGUACCCCUAAUUUGAUGCUACAGUAAUCUUCUACAGUAACCCAGAAGCCUAGGCUUAUUUGGGCUCAAAAAAUGUGCAUUUUUGGCAGGCUCAACAACAAGCUGCUCAGGCCCAGGCCCAAGCUCAGGCCCAGGCCCAGAAGGCCCAACAAGAAGCUCAGGCUAAGGCUGCUCAGGCUCAGAAGGAGGCUCAACUUAAGGUAAGUCUUGUGGAAAUUUCGGAAUUUUUCUGUCAAAUCUGGAAUUUCAGGCUCAACAGGAAGCCCAGGCUCGGGCUCAGGCUCAGGCCCAAAAGGCCCAGCAAGAAGCCCAGGCCCGAGCUGCUCAGGCUCAGAAGGAAGCCCAACAGAAGGCUGCUCAGGCCCAGGCCCAAGCCCAGGCUCAACAAAAGGCUGCUCAGGCCCAGGCCCAGGCUCAGGCUCAGGCUCAGGCACAAGCCAAGGCUGCUCAGGCCCAAGCUCAGGCUCAAGCCAAGGCUGCUCAGGCCCAGGCCCAAGCCCAAAAGGCCCCUCAACAAGGCUUCCGGGCCGCUCCAGUUGCUCAAAAUGGCGGGCCUAAACAAGCCCCACAGGCUCCCCAGAAGCCUCAGGCCCAACAGGGCUUCCGGGCUGCUCCGCAGGCCCAGGCCCAAGCCCAGGCCCCCCAGAAGCCUCAAGCCAACGGAACACUCGCUCAACAACAACCAAUUCAACAAGAAGUAUCAGGUAAGCCUCAAGGCGCAGGCCCUUGAGGCCUAUUGAGGUGUCAAGCAGCCAUCCCUUGACAUCCCUACCUAGCUCUCAAGCAGCCAUCCCUUGACACACAUACCUAGCUCUCAAGCAGCCACCCCUAGACCUAAUUUUUCAGCUGCAACCGGUCCAAAAUGGACGCGAACACCGGGAAAAGUCCAAACGCAAGGCCCACAACCGGAGCAGGCCUUCAAAUCUCAAGCUCAGGCCUCGUCAGGCCCGCAGGCCCUAAAACAGACUGUGCAGGUAAGAAAAUUUAAAUUUUUUGGGCCAAAAAUAGGCUCCGCCCCUUUUUUUGUUGAAAUCUCUCUUUCUCUUGUGCAAAAAUCUCUCAUUUUCAUUUUUUUUUUCGAAAAAGUGUAAAAAUUAUCGAUUUUUCUCCAAUUUUUCAGAUCCAAGAGCAAAUUUUGGCUGAAAAUCCAAAAAUUGCUCCAAAAAUCAUGGCCGCAAAACCACAGAUUCAAGAGAAGAACAUUUCGGAGAAAUUUGUGGAGAAAUCCGAAAACCAACCGGAGAAAUUGGUGAGUUUUGGGCCUGGCCUAGGCCUGGUAGGCCUGGUUUUAGGCCUAGCAGCUAGGCCUGAAAAUUCGCAAAUUUUUGAGCCUAAAUAGGCCUAGGUUCCGGGUUACUGUAGGUCCAAAUUUUGGUGAACAAAAAAAUUCCAAAAAAAUGGAUCAAAAUUUUUUGGUAGCAAAAUCUACAGUACCCCGGAAAAAAAUUAUAGAUCAAAAUUUUCAGAGCUCUAGAAUCAUACUGUAGUGUGAAAUUUCGAGCUACAGUAUCCCAUGGUUACUGUAGCUCGAGAAAAUUGUGCCAAAGAUUCCAAAAAAAAUGGAUCAGAAAUCUUUCCUCAGCCUAUUUUCAAGGCUUAAAAGCCCAGUUUUCAGGCCCAAAAAGCCUAGAAUCUAGGCCAAAAAGCCUGAUUUUCAGGCCAAAAAUCCACGUGGCAAAAAUAUGCAUUUUUAGUCUCAAAAAAUUCCAAAUUUUUUGCAAUAAAAUCAUUAUAUCACUGUGUAUGAUUCAGCCAGUGCUCUGCUUUGCUCAAAAUAAAAAUGUGUCAAGUGUGUGAGCAAACAGAGUUCGCCUAAAUCACCCCCACACACAGGAUUUUCCCCAAUUUCAUUUUGUUCAGCAGCAAUCAUUCGGUAAGCAAAAUCAAUUGGACGGUGCGAAAAAGUGGAUGGCUGAUUCUGCAGAACGCGAAAAUUUCCAGCAGCAAAAUGCUCUAAAUUUGGAGCACGGUCCGAAAGCGGUGAUUCUACAGGUGAGCAAAAAAUUUAAAAAAAAAAAAAAAAGUUUGCUCGCACCGGGGUUCGAACCCUCGAUCCCACGCGCGUUGCCAGCGCCUUAGACCACUCGCACACGCGCGCCCUUUUCUCCCUUCGCUUAUUUUGCAUAUUUAAAUGCGACCCCCUCUUUUUUGGGGUGUGCUUAUGAUUUUUGGGACCCAGAACACAUCUGGCGGGACCCGGAAAAACGUCUGCAAUUUGAGACUUGUGGGAAAAUUGCCUGGCAAAUGGGAGAAAAAGAAAAACAAAACGUUUUUACACAAAGAAAGCAGCCUGGGGGCGUUUUUGGAGGAAAUAAACACACAACUGUUGAAAUUUUUUUAUUUUUUAUCACCUUCCGGGCUCAUUUUAUUGGGAUUUUCUCAAAUUUUCAACUUUUCCGGCUCGAAAAUCACUUUUUUUCAGCUUUUCCGAGCAAAAAAACCAAAUUUCCAUCGAAAAUUUGUAGUUUUGUUUCGUAGUUUUGCGCGGGGAUUUUCGCUUACUUGUUCAUUAUUAGUCACAUUUUCUCAAAUUUUUCGUUUUUUCUUUGCCACGUGGCAUUUUUGGCGCCAAAAUUCGAGUUUUGUAGAUGUUGGCGCAUCAGCAGGCGCCUUUUUUGAACACCGCCGAUUUCAACAGCAAAUCGCAUAAAUUAAUGGUAAGGCGUGGGCCUUUGGGGGGCCUAAACGGGCCUUAGGCUUGAUUUUUAGGCUUUCGGACCUUGAAAAUCGGAUUUUUCAGCCUAAUUUAGGCAUAGAACGGGAAAAAGUGACCCAAUUCUCUGAAUUUGGAAAAAAGGUGACCACCCUGGCCUUGAGUAAGGAGGGGGGUCACAUUUUUUUCAAAACGGGCCUGAAUGGGCCUGAAAAUUGGAUUUUUAGGCUUUCGGGCCUUAAAAAUCCGAUUUUUCUGGUAAAAUUAGGUCUAGAAGUGAUUUUAGGCACUAUUUAAGGGGUAGGGUCACUUUUUUUUUUCAUAAUAAUAAGCCUAAACGGGCCUUAAAAAGUCCUACAUAGGCCUAAGAUGAACCUAAAAAUCAGAUUUUUCGGCCUAAAUCAGGCCUAGAAGCCUAUUUUCAUCAAAAUCAGGCCCACCGGGCCUAAAAACCCUCAAAAAUCACGUAUUGCUCAUGUUAAUCCUCGAAAAUUUUGCAGAACGACGCUUGCUGGCAAACACAAAGACGUGUGGCUGCUGAAAUUCAACAACCACAAGUUGGCCGAAUUCAAAUUCCGGAAUUGAGUGAGAAAGAGAUUCAGGUAGGCUUAAAACUUGGCUGAAAAUCGAUUUUUCUGGGCUCUGGAGCUCAGUUUUCAGCUCUAGAGCUCAAAAAUUGACUAAAAUUCGAUUUUUUGGCCAGGAAACUUUGUUUUGGACGAAAAUUCGAAAUUUUCAUGAUUUUUUGGCCAGGAAACCUUGUUUUGGACAAAAAUUCGAAAAUUUCAUGAUUUUUUGGCCAGGAAACCUUGUUUUGGACAAAAAUCAAUUUUUCGAGCUCUGGAGCUUAAAAAUAUGCUCCAGAACUCAAAAAUCCACCCAAAAUCCGAUUUUUUCAGCGUACAAUAGUCGCACAACCAGCCUCCUAUCACAAAGUUCAAUGGAACGAGUUUCCGGAAGAGCAGAAAAUCGAGCUCGCGGCGGCUCCGCGCACCAAAACACAAGAGUGGAUUCCGGUGAAUCAGGAGCAGGUGGAGUUGCAGCGCAGUUUGUAUCGUCCGGCACGCAUUGCUGCCGUUUGGCCGCCGCCGCAAGAUGACGUGGCAAAAGAGGUCGGGGAGGUGUUGCAUGUGAAGACGGUGGAUGACAAAGGAUGGAUUCAACAGGUUAGAGACGCAGAGGAAGAUACACUCGCUCCGCUCGAGCCGCUUACGCGGAAGCUUGCGGCAGACAGCUAGAGAACAUAGAGAUGUUAGAGACGCAGAGGGGCUAGACAGCUAGAGGAUGGUUAGAGACGCAGAGGGAGAUACACUCGCUCCGCUCGAGGCCGCUUCGCGGAAGCUUGCGGCAGACAGCUAGAGAACAUGGGGAGGUUAGAGACGCAGAGGGGCUAGACAUCUAGAGAAUGGUUAGAGACGCAGAGGGAUAUACACUCGCUUCGCUCGAGGCCGCUUCGCGGGAGCUUGCGGCAGACAGCUAGAGGAUGAUUAGAGACGCAGAAGGAGAUACACUCGCUUCGCUUCGCGGAAGCUUGCGGCAGACAGCUAGAGAACAUGGGGAGGUUAGAGACACAGAGAGGCUAGACAGCUAGUUAAUGGUCAGAGACGCAGAGGGAAAUACACUCGCUCCGCUCGAGCCGCUUCGCGGAAGCUUGCGGCAGACAGCUAGAGAACAUGCUGAGGUUAGGGACGCAGAGAAGGCUAGACAGCUAGAGAACAUGGAGAGGUUAGAGACGCAGAGGGGUUAGACAGCUAGAGCAAGUUAGAGACGCAGAGGGAGAUACACUCUCUCAUGCGUCUCUAGCUGUCUAACCUCUCUGCAUCUCUAACCCCUUCAUUCACUAUCAAAAUGCUCCAAAUUCCAAGCUCUACAAAACUACAGUACUCCCCACCUACCGUAACCCCUACAGUACUCCUUUUUGCAGGAUCAAAACGGCGUGACAAAACAGGCGGUGUGGGGAAACACAUCACGAAUCAACCGGGUCUGGCCACCGCCAGAAAAUGAGCACGGGCUCACCGAGUUUUCAGGUAGGUACAGUAACUCUAAGGGGGUACUGUAGGUACAGUACCCCACGGGGUACUGUACCUACAGUACUCCCAUUUCGCUUCAGGACCCCAACACAUGCCUGUGGUUCAAUGGCCACCUCCGGAACACGAGAGAGAGCAGGUUGAGGUGCUCCAGAAGCACAUUCCGACGAAGCGGAUUGAGAGACAAUGGCCACCGGCACCACCACAAUAUCACGGUACGGAUAGCAUGCGGAAGGGUGCGGAAGCGGAAGAUUCCGGAGCGGAAAACUUGGGGUUUUUAGUCAAAUUCAGAGCUCUGGAGCUUGGAAAAUCACCUUUAAGAUCACUUAAGGCUUUCUUAGGGCUUCUUAAGGGCUUUAAAGGCUUCUUAAGGUUUUCAGAUGUUUCUUAGGCUUUCUAAGGCUUCUAAAGGCUUCUAAAGGCUUCUUAAGGCUUUAAGGGCUUCUUAAGGCUUUUUAAGGCUUUCAGAGGCUUCUAAAGGCUUCUUGAGGCUUCUUAAGGGCUUAUUAAGGCUUUUAAAAGCUUCUUAAGGGCUUUAGAGGGCUUUAAGGGCUUUCUUAGGCUUCUCAAGGGCUUUAAGGGCUUCUUAAGGCUUCUUUAGGCUUCAAAAGGCUUCUAAAGGCUUCUUAAGGGCUUUAAGGGCUUUAGGGUUUCUUAAAAGCUCAUUUUUACAGUAGUCGAAUCGACUGGCGAAAUUGAGACACAAUACAAUCCAGCAGAACAACAACAGGUAAGCCUGGGCCCGGCCCAGGCCAGGCCUAAAUCCAGGCCCAGCCUAAUUUCAGGCCAUUUUUUCAGACCAUCAUCCAACAAGUCGUCCAACCGGUGAAUAGCAUGAAAAUGGGACAUAUUCAAGCCUAGAAAGUAGAAUUGCUUUUACUAACCGAAUUUCAGGGCGUUCGGGCCGAUUUUUAGGCCUUGAAAGGCCUAAAAAUCGGCCUGAAAGCCUAAAAAUCGGCCUUGAAAUCUAUGAUUUUUUUCAGGCCAAAUAA